AUGAAAAGUGCUCAAUUAGUAGUUUUUAUAACUAUAGAAGGACAAUCUUUAAUCUGGGGUGUUUAUGAUAUUAGUCUAGAAAGAUCACAAACACAAAAUGUAAUCAAUCAUAUUGAGUACCUAAUAACUAAAGCAGAAAAAAAUAAAAUAAAUAUCAAGACACUAGUUUCAGACUUUGCUGAUAAAUAUGUAUCAGCACAUACCCAAAAACUUUCAGACGAUAUUGCGGAUAUUAUAAAUGAUACUCAAUUUUGGAUAAUAUUAACUAAUCUACAGAAUCUUUUGUAUCCUCUUUGUGGUUUUUUGAACAAAUUGCAAAAAGAUACAGCUCAACUAUAUGAAGUUCUUUACUGUUUUGGGUAUAUUAUAAAAAUGUUUGAAAGCCAUCAGGAUUUUGAGUUCAGAAUAAGAAUAAAAAGACAUAUCAAAUCACAUUGGAAUGAAUGGAAACAACCAAUAUUACUACUUUCUUUUGUGCUACAUCUUCAAUAUAAACUUACCAAAUUUAACACUAUAGUUGCUAAUUUUUCUUGGACUUAUAUUGGGCAAUGGCUCAAGUAUUAUUAUAAAACAUGGUUUAAUUCUAAACUGACCUCUAUUUUAUCUAAAUUAAUACAAUAUAAAAGAGGAAAUGAUCUAUAUGAUAUUGGUUUAUUUGUACAAUUUAAUGGAAAUUUAGUAGAUUUUUGGAAAUCAAUUGAAGGAAUAGUGAGCAAUAAUGAAUAUGAAGGUAAUGUUGAGAAAGAAGCUACCAGGUUCAGUAAUGCUGAAGAAGCAGAUACCAGGUCUAGUAAUAUUAAAAAAGCAGCUACUAGGUCUAGUAAUGUUGAAGAAACAGCUGCUGGGUCUAGUAAUAUUAAGGAAGCAACCACCAGGUUCAGGAAUUGGACUAAUAAAAAUUUUAAAAAUGAAGAUUUAGUCAUAGAAGAAGAACAACAAUGA